AGAAUUACUUGGGCAAGCAUGGAUGAAAGCCGAGAAAACAACAAAAGCUCCACAUAUCAUACUGAUGACUAGGAGAUUUAACGAUGUUAGUCGGCUAGUUGUGUCCGAACUCAUGAGAACUCCAGAAAUAGCUAAGCGGGUGUUUAUCAUUGAGAAAUGGGCAGCAGUGGCUGACAUAUGUCGCUGUCUUCACAACUUUAAUGGUGUCCUCCAGAUCUGUGCAGCAUUUAUGAACAGCUCAGUGUUUCGACUAAAGAAAACGUGGGAAAAGGUUUCUAAAACAACCAAGCAGACAGUUGACAAACUGCAGGUCCUAGUUUCAGCUGAUGGAAGGUUUCGGAACAUGAGGGAUGCCCUUCACAGAUGCGACCCACCAUGUAUUCCUUACCUGGGCAUGUACCUUACAGACCUAUCUUUUAUCGAAGAAGGUACUCCAAACUUCACAGAUGAAGGACUGCUAAAUUUUUCAAAAAUGAGAAUGAUUGCUCAUGUGAUUCGGGAAAUUCGGCACUUUCAGCAAACUCCCUAUAAAAUUCAAAUGAGUCCAAAGGUUACAAAUUAUCUUCUUGACGAGAAACGUUUGAUGCAGGAUGAUGAAUUAUACCAGUUGUCUCUGUGUCUGGAGCCUCGCCUGUCACGACUCUCUACCAAGAUCAUUCUUCCUCCUUCGUCUUUUGGUAGCCAUGGAUCUUGAAAUUUUCCAGCUACCACGUCUCUUACCCCAUAUCCUAUUCCUGAUACUACUGUUGUUUAUGUGGCUCUCUGGAGAACAAAGUUGUCCUAAAUAAAGUUGGGGAUUUUGACUGGUGCUGUAAAUUGCAGGAUUUCAGGCACUGACCAGGCUUGAACUCUGAACCUUAUUGUACCAAAUUUUCAACAAAACUUCUCUUUAAGCAAAAUUUGUUCUCAUGGAAACGUGUAUUAAAAACUGAUGUAGAAUAAUUGUUUCAUGAAAGUACAAUUCACAUUUCAUGGCUGGUCUAAGAAAGUGCCAAAUGUUAAAUAUGUCUGUAUGUAUGCGUGUUGACAUCCCAACUUCCUAUGAACUUAUAUAAGUAUCUUAUCUUCUUUUCCCUUAAUAAAAGUAAAUAAUGUUCGAGUUCGAUAAUAGGAAUGGCAAAGCUCAGCAUUUUUGUGCCAUUAAUACAGGAAAGGAAUAGUAAAAUACUACAGUAAAAUUGUUUAAUGUACAGUCUUAAUGACCUUGUUACUUAAAACACGACUUCAGUGUUUCUGUGUUGUUAGUAUAGUGAAUUAUUACAUUGUAAGUUGUUGAAAAAGGUGAUCUUUGUUAGUGCAAUUAGCAUGAAGUUUGUACUAUUAUCUCUAUAUUAACAUAAUAGUCUGUGAAUAUAAUCUUUAUAUUGGUAAUACAGUUUGUAGAAUUCCUUCAAAGGUCACUCAUUCUAAGCUUUUAUUUUGUCUCUGAACUGAAAUGUUGGGAUAAAAUAACAAAAGGCCAGAGCUAUGUUGUAAGUACAACAUGUGGUACUAACUGGUUAUGAUCAGAACUUCCAGUAAGCCUUGUUCUUUCUCAAUGUUGUUGGCUAUCUAUGCCAUUUUGCUGUGAUGAUAUACAUAUUCGUAUACGUUUUAAAGUUGACAGUUACUCUAAUUACAUCUGUGUAGAAUUUGCAUUCACAAAAAAAACACUAGUGCAGAUGACAACCAUUUGAUUAUAGAAACAAAUACAUAAAAGUAUGUUCAGAAAUAAUACUUUGGAAAUUCUAGUAACAAACAUGUACUAGCAUUUAAAGUAAGAAUAACUUUCACUGUUUUCAGUGUAUAUUUUUGUGGUUUUAUCAUUGUUAUAUGGUGUUGUUGUUGUGAACUCUGGUGCCUUCCGUGUUCUGUAGAAGAAGAGUGGAUUAUCUGCUUUACAUAAAGGUUUAGGAAGGUACCCAUAUCAAUGUUCAUAUCUUUAUUAUUUACUGUCAACAGAGCAAGUGAAUCCAUAUAAGGUGAAGAAACAACAAUCACAUGGUCGUGUACUUACAAUUCAUUUUAUGUGACGAUUUAGAUUUUCAUCAACCAUUUUUUAAAGAAGUCUAGUGAGAAUGUUUGAAGGUAAUAAUCUGAUGAGAAAAAAAAAUAAGUUUUUGAAAUACAUACUCUAUCCUGAGCUCCUUAAUAUGUGAGCUUGUUAAAAAAUGUAUAUUAACAUCCGAGACAAAGUUAAUCAGUCAACAGAAUAGUUAUUACUAGAGUGGUCAAAGUUGUAUCUUCAACAUUAUUUGAAAUAUUUGUAUGAGAGAUAAAUACUAUAAACAGGACAUACAUUUGCUAUCCAUGAGAGUUAAAUAUUAUAAACAGGAUGGACAUUUACUAUCCAUGAGAGAUAAAUAUUAUAAACAGGAGAAUCAAAUUAUGUUUAAAUCACAGAAAUUGCAUCUUGCAAUUAUUCUCAAAAUAUGAAGAUACUUUUUUUCCUAAAUAUUAGCAGCACUUAAACCUUAUUUUCUUCAGUACUCCUCUUGACAUAAUAUAAAUUAUGGUCAUCAUGUGUGUGUGUGUGUGUGCAGCUGUUGACUGAUUUUUACAAGUGUUCUAAUUUUCUACACUCAAGUCAUUUUCCUGUUUGCUGUGGCCAUAGGACUAUGUACGUGACUACAAGUCUUUAAUGAGUGAGAUCCUUAAUAUGAUAAAUUUUAUGUUAGUUGUUUAUAUGGAUGACCGAUUGUAUUGAUCAUGUAAGUGUUGAGACAAUCACUUCCAACUGAAGUUUGACUGUUAAUCUACAACCAUGGCAACCCACUUAUAUGUUUUCUUAACAACUUCCAUUGGUGUGUGUAAGAAAUGUAAUAGCAUGCUUAAGUAUUUAUUUUUUAAUUAACAAUACAAUCUGUCAGUGUAGUGUUUAUUAAAACUGUCAUAAAAACAUUCUUAUUCCUCGGGUAUUAGGUGAACUGUGGUAAAUUUCUAUUUAUAGUUGCUAGCAUUUUAAGUUGAACCAUUUGGCCAGCACGCUAACAAAGGCAGUAUUAAAAUUCAAUGAAGCUGUUAACAAAGAUGUAAAUGUAUUUUAAUGUUACCAUCUUGUACAUUUCUCUUUUUUGUUUUUAUUCUAGCACCUAAUUGUUGUCAACAUGGAAUAAAUUUUGGAAAGAUGUUUUAACUUGUCUGUUUCUCUCUCUUGAUUAGUUAAAUUGAUACUUUAUCAUCCACCGAGAAAUCGAGAGUUUAAGAUAAAACAUGAUAAUUAUGGUUAAUUGCUAAAAAAUGAAAAGGGGAAAAAAAAA